AUGUACCGACAGGUACAAGUGAAUAAAGAUGACACAAAAUUCCAGCGCAUACUGUGGCGUGAAAAUCGAUCGAAGCCGUUGCAGGUGAUAGAAUUAUCGACAGUAACGUACGGAACAGCUUCUGCUCCGUUCCUGGCUACCCGUGUUCUGAACCAACUUGCGACUGACGAGCAGGAGAGCUUUCCCAAGGCAAGCAAGGUGGUGUCAAAAAGCUUUUACGUAGAUGAUGUCCUUUCGGGUGCUGAAACUGUUGAAGAGGCAAAAGAGUUACAGAUUGAUUUAGUUGCGUUAUUAGCUAAAGGAGGUUUUGCUUUACACAAGUGGUGUGCGAAUGAUCCGUCCUUGCUAGAAGACAUCCCCAUGGAACAACAAGCGAAACAACUGGACUUCAUGAACCACGAAACCAUCGACCCAAUCAAGACACUUGGACUUCUUUGGGAUCCAGUUGAAGAUAACUUCUUUUUUCGGGUAAAACCGCUUGAUAAAGAUCGUGAUAACUGGACAAAGCAAAAGGUGCUGUCAGAAAUUGCAAAACUUUUUGACCCACUAGGAUUGUUGGGUCCAACCGUCGUUUUGGCAAAAAUGAUUAUGCAGGAGCUGUGGAGAAGUGGAAUUGGAUGGCAUGAAGAGUUGCCACCCAAAUUAAUGGCCCAGUGGAAGAAGUUACGCAAUGAACUAACAGAACUAGUAGACAUCAAGAUUCCAAGACGAGUGACUGUUGAUAAUGUGAAUAGCUGGGAGAUCUACGGGUUCGCAGAUGCUUCCGUUAAGGCUUACGGCUGCUGCGUCUAUUUGCGAAGUGUCAAGACAAAUGAUGCACCGGAAAUGUUUUUGCUUUGCGGAAAAUCUCGAGUCACCCCAAUAAAGGAAGUGGAUCGCAAAUCGAAAGAUGACAACAACCCAUGUGAAAUGACGAUACCACGAUUAGAAUUGUGUGCAGCUCUAUUGCUAGCGGAACAGGUAACAAAGGUAAUCAAAGCUCUUGACGUCACUGUUGAUCGAGUUAUUCUGUGGUCCGAUUCACAAAUAGUGCUUAGCUGGCUACAGUUUAUGAACCCUACCACCUCGAUUUUUGUUCGUAACCGGGUGAACCAAAUACGUGAAUUGACGAGCAAUUAUGAAUGGAAGUACGUGCCAACCAAGAAUAAUCCAGCAGAUCAUAUAUCGCGUGGUUUGUAUCCCAAACAGUUAACGGAAAGUGAUUUGUGGUGGAGGGGUCCAAACACGGAGAAUGCUGGACCUGUUGUACUGCUCUGCGAAAAAAUAGUCCCGGAUAGUAACCAUGUGAUGGAUACGAUCCUGAAGUGUAGUAAUUUUCGUAAAUUGGAAAGAAUAUUUGGAUACAUACUGAGAUUCAUUGAAAACUGUAGAAAGAAAAAUGAUCAACGACGAAGUGGAAAGCUCAACAGACUGGAUUUUGACGCCGCACUACUAGCUAUGGUAAAAGUAGUACAGCAAGAAACAUUAUCUGAGGAGAUCAAUUGUUUGAAAGCAGGAAUAAUGCUUAAAGGAAAACUGAAUAAAUUAAAUCCUAUAAUAGAAACGGACAGUGGACUGCUGAGAGUUGGUGGUCGAUUGCGCAACUCUGAUCUACCGUAUAAUCAACGUCACCCGAUGAUUCUUCCAGAGAAGCAUCACCUCACCGAGUUGAUCAUCGAGACUUUUCAUCGUGAGCAUCUUCAUGUUGGACAGAACGGGUUACUUGCAGUACUGCGGCGUUGCUUCUGGCCAAUGAACGCAAAACGGGCAAUACAUCGAGUAUUACGGCGGUGCGUAAAAUGUUUUCGAGUUCAACCGAAGGAUACAACCCAAUUCAUGGGUGACCUACCUAAGUGUAGAGUAACAGUCGCGGAACCGUUUGCAAGAACCGGUGUGGAUUAUGCCGGACCAGUGAUGCUGAAACAAGGACGUGCAAGGGCACCAGUGAAAGGGUAUAUCGCAGUCUUCGUUUGUCUGUGCACAAAAGCGAUGCACCUUGAGCUUGUUACAUCAAUGUCAACGGAGUCGUUUUUGGGUGCCUUGCAUCGAUUCGUCAGCCGACGAGGAAAUGUGAACGAACUGCGAUCUGAUAACGGAACCAAUUUUAUUGGCGCCAAACGAGAAUUGACCGAACUGAAGGAGUUGUUGCAGUCGCAAAUUCUUGAAAGAAAGGUGGACGAGUUUUGUCAAGCUAGGAGUAUUGUUUGGAGUUUCAAUCCGCCAAAAGCUCCGCAUCAAGGCGGACUCUGGGAGGCGGGUGUGAAAAGUGCUAAAUACCAUCUGUAUCGCGUGCUCAACGAGUCUCAUCUCAACUAUGAAGAAAUGAAUACCCUGUUGGUCCAAAUUGAGGCGGUGCUUAAUUCAAGACCGCUUUGUCAGCAAUCCGACGACCCGCUCGACUAUCGAGCCCUCAGUCCAGGGCACUUUCUUGUGGGUCGCGAGCUAACAGCGAUUUCUGAACCACUAUAUGAUGACCUGAAGGAGAACAGACUUUCAAGAUACCAACUCAUUCAAAAGAGAAAGCAAGAUUUCAAUCGUCGAUGGUGCAAUGAAUACUUAACUGAACUGCAGCAGAGAAGUAAAUGGAACAAGGAGGCUUCUAUUAUUCGCAAAGGCAUGUUAGUGGUAUUGAAGCAAGACAAUACACCACCGCAACAGUGGAAGCUUGGUCGGAUCGUUGAUACACACCCGGGACGGGACAAUAUCACGAGGGUGGUUACAGUUCGUACAAGCUCCGGAGAUUAUCGCAGACCGACGACGCAGAUAGCAGUGCUUCCUAUUUCGGACAACGAGGCUCCUAAUCAGCAAGGGACAUCGACUUGA